AUCUUUCUCAAAAGUCAAAGCUCAUCCAUACAUCACUAAAAAAACAUGGCCGCCCUGUUUGGCAACACCGCUUCUUCCCGAAACCAAAGUAAAAAUCUUGUGGAAUUUCGUGCCGGAAAAAUGCACAUGAAAGGAAAAAUGGUUCACCCCGAUAAAAGAAAGGGCCUCAUCUAUGUCUACCAAUCAGACGAUUCUCUUAUGCAUUUCUGUUGGAAAGAUCGUUCUUCUGGGGUAGUUGAAGAUGAUUUGAUUAUAUUUCCUGAUGAUAUUGAAUUCCAGCAUGUAAGCCAGUGCACCACAGGGAGAGUUUAUGUUCUCAAGUUUAAAUCCUCCUCUAGAAAAUUCUUCUUUUGGCUUCAGGAGCCUAAAGCUGAUAAGGAUGAAGAUAACUGCAAAAAAGUGAAUGACUUUCUCAACAAUCCACCCACCCCAGGGUCAUCUAGAGGAAGUGGUGGUCAUGGCUUACCUUCUGACCUGAGCUCUCUGGGGGAUCAAGACCUGCAGAGUAUUCUUGGUGGCAUGAGCCAACAACAGUUGAUGCAACUUCUUGGUGGUAUUGGUAUGGGAGGAGGAUCAGGAUCUAAUGUACUUGGCUCUUUGAUGGGACGGCCUAGUAGUGCACAAUCCAUAGUGUCUGAACCUCCUCUUCGCACCCAGUCAUCUGCUGGUGCUAGGGCUACCUCAGGAGAGAGCACACCACCACCUCCCCGCCCUGUGACUGCUGCUGCUUUACCCUCCCAGCCAACCAGUGGUGAUGCCUCACGCAGCAUUAACAAUUCUCUAGGAGCAACUUCUGUGUCAGCCACCACUGCUGCUGGAGCCAGUGCCCAGAUUCAACUCAGUGAUUUGCAGAACAUACUUUCAACCAUGAAAGUUCCUUCAGAUGGUGCUGGAAAAGAAGUGGAUCUGGCUAAGGCUUUAAGUCCAGAAGCCAUGAUACCUAUUUUAGCAAACUCUGAGGUUCAGAAGCGGCUCAUCCCCUAUUUGCCAGAGGGAGAGUCUCUGCCUAAGACAGAGGAAGAACUACGUAAUACUGUCCAAUCCCCCCAGUUUCAGCAGGCCUUGAGUUCCUUUAGUUCAGCUCUUCAGUCGGGACAGUUGGGCCCUCUGAUGUCUCAGUUUGGUCUAGGCGAGGAUGUGGCUAAUGCUGCUGCCCAAGGGGACAUGGAAGCCUUUGUGAAAGCCAUGCAAGAAGCCGGCAAAAAGAAAGAAAAAGACAAUGAUUCCAUGGAGCAUUAGCUUGAUCCUAGCUCACAGAACAGACCAGAUGUUUCUAGCAGCCAGAGUCUGAUCAAUUCUAUAGUACUUUUGUUAAGUGAAAAUGUUUCAGUUCGAGAGAAUUUCUUUAUUCAUUUAAGUAGUUGUCUUCUGUCUUCAUUUACUGUCUGUAGUAGUUAUGACAAUCAAAUUUGUAGUUGCUAUCCCACUCAGUUCACCAACAACCAUCAAUUUGUUGAUGUCUUGAGGAGUAUAUCUGGUGAUGUGGAUUCAGGGGCAGUGCCCAAUGGGGAUGAUGGUGAUGAGGAAGUGCAACCUCCGUGCCCCAUGCUGUGGUUAGAUGGAAUCAGCAAUGAGGGAGAUGCUGUGGACUACAAUGUUCAGCCCAGUCAGUGUUGGGCCCGAGUAACUUCAAGAUUGGCUGUCAAAAAGUUAUGCUCUGGGGAAUUAGCAGUUGCCAUUGAAGAAAGUGCGAAUGUCCCUUUAGAACAAGACAGGAAUUCAGAAAAA